AUGCCAGAUGAACCACGCCGAUCGGGUCGAGCCACCAAAGGCCAGCACAAAAACCUCGAAUUGCCAGACGCCCCAUCUAAGAAGGGCAAAGGCAAGAGCCCCAAAGAAAAGUCUGGCAGCAAAGCCUCCGCCGAACCUACCCCGGGACCUAGCGAAGACGGAGGAGAUGAGGAAGAAAUCAUUCGAUGCAUUUGUGGCGAGUACGAAGAAGAGGAGGAUGUGGAACGUGACAUGAUCUGUUGCGACGAUUGCUCAGCAUGGCAGCACAACGAUUGCAUGGGCCUAGUAUUCGCCAAAGGCGCUGAGCCGGAUCAAUACUAUUGCGAACAAUGUCGACCCGAAAACCACAAAGUCUUGCUGGAAAAGAUCGCCAAGGGGGAAAAGCCUUGGGAAGAGCUUGCGGAGCGUCGGCGGCAGGAGGCCGAGGAAAAGCAAUCCAAGCGCAAGAAGGGUAAGAAGGGUAGCAGCCGGAAGAGCAGACCCAGCGAGAGCAAGACCGAGGCCAGCACCCCUGCUCGCACUGGAACAUCAGCAACACCUGGUCCUGCGCAUUCUCCCACUACCGCCGCGUCUGUAUCGCUUGAGCCAGAGAAGAAUGGACACACUGGGGAAUCACGAAGGUCUAGUACCAACAAACGCAAGUUGGAGGAGAGUGCAGAGCUAGAGGCCGAUUCGGUAAGAACGUGCUCUGUCCGUAAUACAUUGACAAUCGAAGUGCUAAUUUGCCAAACACAGGGACCCCAAGUGAAGCAGCAACGAAUCUCCCCACCUUCUGCUACGAUAGUCGCUCCCAAGGUCAAGACCGAGUCUCCUGCUGUUGGCAGUGUGGAAGAGCUUGGAAUGCCCGCUCGCAAGAGUGCCGCCAAUGCUCUCAUCAAACUCUUUGUAGACCAAAUUGCCGCGGCCCAGAAGAAUGCUCCCUUUUCCUUGCCUGAUGGGCAGUCGGCGGAAGAAACCGCACGGCAACUCGGUCUCUCUGUCGAGGGUGCCAUGUAUCAGAACCUCUGCGAAGGAUCAGGGGAGCCUACUGAAGCAUAUAAGUCGCAAUUACGAGCGAUCCUGUUCAACUUAAAGAAGAAUUCUUCUCUGCGAGAUCGUUUACUCGUAGGUAGCGUCUCAUCUGAUACACUGUCUAUGAUGAAGUCUGAGGAUAUGGCCAGCGAAGAGUUACAGCGAAAGGAUGCGGAGAUUAAGCGAGAAGCAGACCGACAGCACAUCAUUAUUCAGGAGCAAGGUCCGCGAAUCCGUCGCACACAUAAAGGAGAAGAACUGGUUGAGGAUGAAACUCACAAUGUUGCGGCUGAAUCUGUCUUCUCUACCGUACCGCGUCGAGCAACUGAUGCCGAGAACAGCCCCGGAAACCAGAGUCCGGUCACCCCGAAGUUGUCCCAGAUUAAGGGCGAGGGACACGGUCAAGGUCACCCCUCAGAUGUCGGACAUGGCGACCAUGUCUUUCCAGAGGUUGCUCCCAAUAUUCGUGAGCCUGUUCCUCGCGGCAAAAUCCAGGCAGAUGCUGAGAUCGAUCGAAUGCUGCAAGAGGAUGAGCCCGAUUCCCCGCCAUAUUCGCCACAGGAGUUUUCCGACGAGGGAGUUGUCUGGCGAGGUAAAGUUAGCAUGGCACCUGUGGCUGAGUUUGCUUCCUCCGCGAAACAUGUUUGCGGUGCAGAACUCAGUGGUCGGAUCCCCUGGAGCCAACUAGCACCUCAGACAUUGCUAGUAGAUGGCCGAAUUGAUGUUGCACGUGCCAACAAUUAUCUUUGCGGUUUGCGAUGGAGCUCAUCAACCGAUGUCUCUGUUAUUGCGAUCAGUAGCCCUAGUGGCGAACAGGAUCGUGACGGUUUUAACAGACUCUUCAAUUACUUUUACAACCGCCAACGCUACGGUGUCAUUGGCAAACACCCACUCUCCGCUGUCAAAGACACCUACAUCGUUCCCCUCGAAAAGGGCGAGACCAAGCUUCCGGACUUCAUCAACCUUCUUGAAAACACCAAUUUAGGCGAUGGUCUCAUUGAAGAGCGUAUCCUUCUCAUUGUCUUCGUCGUCAAAACUGGCGAGUCGAAUCCUCCCUCCGUCCAACCCCCCUCUCACCAGCCCAGCAUGGAGCCAGCAGCAUCUGCCAGCCCCCUCACCGCAGCUGGUAACACACCUCAACACACUAUCGCCACUGGGCAAUUUCCCGUUUUUAACCCUAACGCCCCCGGUGCUCACCAAGGUCAGAGGCCGCAGCAGCUUCCGCCUCCGGCUUACCCAAUGACCCUCAUAGGCAUGCCUGCAGCUUUGCAGGUUCUUGGUGCAGAGGCAGUGAGUUCACCUGCCAUUCAACAGCUCCUUAAAACCGCCCCCAACGUCGACACCGCGCAGUUGAAUGUUGUGCGUGACAUCUUGAUUCGCCAACCCGCCGCUGCUGCGAACUAUGAAACCCUGAUGCAGGCACUCUUCGACACCCAGGCAAAUGGCCACGCCUGA